GUGACAAUCACCCGUUGAUUUUUUUCUACUAAUCACAAAGACAUCGGUACCCUAUAUCUAGUAUUUGGCGCUUGAGCUGGUAUAGUGGGCACUGCUUUAAGCCUCCUUAUUCGAGCAGAGCUAAGCCAACCGGGCGCCCUCCUUGGGGAUGACCAGAUCUACAAUGUAAUCGUUACCGCACAUGCAUUUGUAAUGAUUUUUUUUAUAGUAAUGCCAAUUAUGAUUGGAGGGUUUGGGAAUUGACUAAUUCCUCUAAUGAUCGGGGCGCCAGAUAUGGCAUUUCCCCGAAUGAACAACAUAAGUUUUUGACUGCUUCCCCCAUCCUUCCUCCUCCUUCUAGCUUCUUCAGGUGUCGAAGCCGGGGCUGGAACUGGCUGAACCGUUUACCCCCCUCUUGCAAGCAACCUUGCACAUGCAGGAGCAUCUGUAGACCUAACAAUUUUCUCCCUCCACCUAGCCGGGAUCUCCUCGAUUUUAGGAGCCAUUAAUUUCAUCACAACUAUUAUUAACAUGAAGCCUCCUGCCAUCUCCCAAUAUCAGACCCCUUUAUUUGUCUGAGCAGUUCUAAUUACAGCCGUCCUUUUGCUUCUUUCUCUCCCAGUCCUUGCAGCCGGAAUUACUAUGUUACUCACAGACCGAAAUCUAAACACUACCUUCUUCGACCCUGCGGGAGGAGGGGACCCCAUCCUCUACCAACACCUUUUCUGAUUCUUCGGUCACCCGGAAGUAUAUAUUCUUAUUCUUCCCGGAUUUGGGAUGAUCUCCCAUAUUGUAGCCUACUACUCCGGUAAAAAAGAGCCCUUUGGCUACAUAGGCAUGGUCUGAGCAAUAAUAGCGAUUGGCCUCCUAGGGUUUAUUGUUUGAGCACAUCACAUGUUUACUGUAGGUAUAGAUGUUGAUACCCGUGCAUACUUCACAUCCGCAACUAUAAUCAUCGCAAUUCCAACUGGCGUGAAAGUCUUCAGCUGGCUGGCAACUCUUCACGGAGGGUCAGUUAAAUGAGAUACACCCCUUUUAUGGGCCUUGGGCUUUAUUUUCUUGUUUACAGUUGGAGGCCUAACUGGCAUUGUUCUAGCCAAUUCUUCCCUAGAUAUUGUGCUUCACGAUACAUACUAUGUAGUAGCCCAUUUCCACUACGUGUUAUCAAUAGGGGCUGUAUUUGCUAUCAUUGCCGGCUUUGUCCAUUGAUUCCCCCUAUUUUCAGGCUACACCCUUCACAGCACUUGAACAAAAAUUCACUUUGGAAUUAUGUUUGCAGGCGUUAACUUAACCUUCUUCCCACAACACUUCCUCGGCCUAGCAGGAAUGCCUCGCCGAUACUCCGACUACCCUGACGCCUACACCCUUUGAAACACAGUCUCUUCCAUCGGCUCUCUUGUUUCUCUCGUCGCCGUAAUUAUAUUCCUUAUACUCAUCUGAGAAGCCUUUGCAGCCAAGCGUGAAGUAUUAUCCGUUGAAAUAACCUCUACUAACGUAGAAUGACUUCACGGUUGCCCUCCUCCUUACCACACCUUUGAAGAGCCCGCAUACGUGCAGACUCAGGCGGUAUAA